CACGGUCCUUGUCACUGCUACAGUGCUACUUACGCGUUCCACUUACUCAAUUGCAUAACCCCGCGACAGAAAAGCUGACGCGGCUCCUGAAAUCCUUUCCUUAUAAAUAGGGAGUAGUUAGACCCAGAAACUGCACACCACCAUCAAUACACCAUGGACGAAGACGAGAUCUUUGAGCACAGUGUAUCUCCAAUCAUAGAGGAGGUAGAUAAUGUCGAGGACUCUAAACAGGCUAAAUCCCUUGAGAUCUACCUGAAAUCGCUCCCUUACGAAUGCGAAUCCACCGAGGACAUGCUGAGCACACUGAACUGCAUUGUACAAAAUCUCGUUCUCACCGCGCGUACCGCCAACUGGUCCGUGAAUGUGGGAUGGGACGAAACGCUGCAGUAUUGGCUCAUUAUGAGGUACCCUAUGCCUCGUAUCGUUCGGGCGGGCCUCGCUCGAUUUUACUUCGAGCUUAUUGUUACACCUGGAAUCGAGGCACGCUACCUCAAAACAUGGGCUAAUACUUUCCAUAAGCUCAUUCCAAAUGCUGCUGGAGAGAGAAGGAAGCUUGAGCCAACUGACUUGCAGCUUCCAUGGCGUGAUCUCUGGACCGUGAUUGUUCCAGAAGUGUGGCAUGGCCCGGACACUGAGUUACUUCGAAAUGUAGCCCCUGCUUUGAUUUCUGUAGCAGAGACUUCCUCACGAUACUUCAAUCCUGCUGAUGUUGAAGACAUCAUAAACGCAGUCCUGACAAGAUUUGAACCCAACAACGUUGUGCAGGACGUUACAGUCCUCAUGUCGCUAUUGCCCCCUGUCAAUGUCCAAAUGUACCUCCCAAUAUUCUUCAGAAUAUGGGAGGCGUUCAAUUCUAGCCAGUUGGACGAAAGAAUGCUCGAGUUUUCUGGGUCGCUCGCGCAGGAAUGUGUUUCAGUUGAGUUUGAUGGUCCUUCGACCCCUGCCUGGAAAGAUGUGGGGAUUUUUACAGCUGAGCAAUGGGCCAAAAUAUGCAGGACCGCGCUGGUCUUUAUGCAGGUCCCAGUGGGAGGUGGUAACUCAAACACAGGGACCACCGGUGGGCACGUCGACUCGGGCCAAUCGAAUCGCCCUCUGAGGAAGGGUGGAAAUGUUCACCAGCAUCUGGCUACCAUUUUUGUGUAUUCGAUGUUUUCUGAUCUGGAGGGCGAUGACUUCGGCGGUACAUGUGCUCACUCGAAGUCCCUUCGCAGUCUCACUACAAUCAUAACGAGCGUGGAGACAUAUUUCCACCCAUCCAACCAUGGCACGUGGACCGGACAACUCACUACCUUCUUGCAACGCCUUACAUAUGCAUUCUCCAAACGAUGGACUGAGGAGCAUUUCCCGGACUGCAAAACGCCACCUCAUCACCGGUUGACCGACCAUGUGAAGAGAAAAUUCGUUGAGUUAUUGCAAACACCAGCGUUGCUCUCAAUGUUCGCCAAAGAUCCUGUAUCCAUUGCGCUUUCACACGCAUCCCUGAAGACACUUGCCGUUCUCGAACCUGACAUAAUUUUGCCCUCUAUCAUUGAACGAGCAUAUAGCGGACUGGAAAGUGUGAACGAGACCCACAGAGCCACCGCCGUUUUGAGUUGCCUCUCUGCUGUGGCGUCCACUCUCGUCAAUGAGAAUCUGUUCUUAGGAGGGCAGAGGCAUUUGAUCCCGCUUUUGGAGCAAGCGCUCCCGGGACUAGAUAUUAAUGAUCCUCUAAAGACUAUUUGCUCGACCAUGUUUAUCUCCGCCGCAAUAAGCAGCAUCAAGGUCGGGAAUAUCUCUGGACAGGUAGCCUUGACCCUGGGAGAUGACGCACCAGUCGCUAUCGAAGCAGACGGAACUGUCAUGCCAGAGGGGACAGAGGGACCAGGUUCCAAACUGAAUCGCAAUGAAGAACGUGCGCUCCUUCGCGACAGUACAGCGUCUUUCCCAGACUGGGUCACUUCAUUCUUCCGGAGAAUCUUUGCCCUCUUCGAAAACUUGCCAGAAGAAGGUGGGAAAUCCAGCAAGAUCGGAGGGAAGUCCGAAGAGACUUUGUUGAAGUCAAUUCGGACCACCCUCGAUAUCAUGGCGUCGCAUCUUUCCGAUCCUCUCUUUGAUCUGGUCUUGGGAAUCGUGUACGACUACGCAAUUACUAAUGCCCGAGCGAAUUCAGUUCGAGCAUUUAGCAAUCUAGUGGCGUCCUUAGGCAAGGCAAACCCAAAGAAGACACUCGACAAAUUUUGGAAACAUUGUACUGAGCAGAUAAAAAUCGAGCUUGAGAAUGGAGCAUCGAGUCUGAGGACGACUUCCACGAGCUUGCCAAUCGCAUCUGAUACUACGCUCCAUUGGUAUUUGGGCAUUUUGCGUGGUAUCACAUCAACUGGAGGUUAUGAGCUUAUAACGUACAAGGAUGAAAUUUUCGUUAUGCUCAAGCUACUUGUUGCAAAAACGAAAAAUGAACGAGGAUAUAAUAACACAGGUCGUUUGGUUGGCCGAUUACUUGCCGCUUUGAUCAAUAUAUACCCAUUGGAACAGCGAUUAGUCAACGAUGAUGAGUGGAACAGCAAGAAAUUUGAGCAAACUCACUAUCAAGCGUGGGGUCGAAUAUACCGUCCCGAAGACGUCGUUAUCAAUUGGCAUGUUCCUCGGGACGCCGAAAUCGAUUUUGCAAUGGAAAUACUGGAUCAAAUCAUUAAUCCCUGCUUGGAUGCCCUUGAGGGUUUACUUCGCGUCCCCUCCAAUUCGCGGGAAGCCGUGUGGCGAAAUGACUUUUGCCGAUAUCUGUACAUCGUCCGUUCCGCGUGGAGUGGACUGCCAACAUUCAUUCUGGGCCGAGAAGAACCAAUGGUGGACGACAAGACCUUGGAUCCUACCACCGAGUUAGCAUCGUUAUCGGCAGAUGCACUUCGGAUGAAGUGCGGGUUUGUCUUGACAAAGCGGGAUCGUCGAUACACAGUUGCUCUCGGACACCGGGAAAGAUUCGGGCAAUUCUUACACAAUGCGUCUGUCUCACUCACUCAUUCUGAGUCCAAAGACGCUAGCGACGAUCACAUCGAUGCAGUUAUGGCUGUGAACAAGGGCAUCGACACUUAUCUACUUGAUUACGGUAUGACGCGGGCUUCAUAUGCAACUCAAAAGAAACUAUACGACAGUACGCGGGAUUUGUGUCUUUCAGUUGGGAAACAGAAGCUUUUCCCUCGCCAGGUGUGGGUAAAACGUGCACACGCCUAUCACGCUCUGCGUGUUCUCACCCACAGCCUUUAUAGAACUCGAAAGACUCUCGAUGACCUAUUGAUCAAGGACCUUGUAGAAUUUUCGUUGUCACCUUACACUCGAGUUCGAAAGAGCAGUCAGGCCAUUGUAGCAAACAUCAUCUCAUAUUUUAUUCGGUCGUCAAGGAUUGUAUUAGCUCAGGUUUUCGAGGCUCUGCAAAAACAGUCGGACCUCGGCAAAGCCGGAGAUCCUGACCGGCAGAAAGGUGCACUGUAUCUUCUGUGGAAUCGAUCUCUCGCAUCAUACGCUCUGAGUACCCCUAAAUAUUUACCUUCUUUUUACCACAGCCUUCUCAGCCUUCAAUAUCAGGAAAAGCCCUCAAUUCAGCAACUUGUCGCCGCCAUCAUCGAAGACAGCUUGGGUCAAGUUACACUUGAAUCACUGGACGUGUCGAUGUCGGCCUCCCUUCCAUCGCCACGUUUCGUCAAACUUAUCGAUAAUCUGGAGAGCCUUUGCGGAUCAUCUGACCCCUCCCUGACACAGCUGGUGAUCGAGCGGCGUGAACCCAGGCUUCAACUGAAAGUUGACAAGUAUAAUCAAACGUGCCAGGAAAUUUGUACGAUCGCCCGCAGCAAUGAGACACAUUGGAAAUAUCAGCAAUGGUCCAUGGCACUGCUAUUGCGACUUACUCGGAAGGACCAUCCAGCAACAUCAGAAGUUGCCCUACUCUUUGCUGAGAACAUUCUCUCAGACCACCCAAAUACCCGAUCCUACGCCCAGAAGGGUCUCAGUAGACUUCUACGAUUCAUCAAGUCCCGAACGUUCAGCAAGACGCCGCAAGAUCUUUGGUUAAAUAGGCACUUCAACCCACUCAGAGCUGAGUUUCAAUUCCAGGAUCUUAAUACAUUCCUGGAGUCACAAGAGCGACAAUCAUCAAUACCUUCAGAUACCAUUUAUUACGACAAAGUCCCCCAUGGCGCCCUAGUCUGGAACCAAACCGUACGCGGUUACCGGAAGCCUCCCCAGGACCUUCCUGUCUUCCAAUGGGAGAGUGAAUCUUUGGAUCUCCUCACGGCCUUACGUGGUUAUUUGGAUGAAGCUUGGUUUUCCCACUUACUGAAUCUGUGGGCCCAGGAAGGAGAACGCUCCAAUACCACAACCGAUCUGCGAGCUGAAAACACGACUUUAAUAAAGAUCCUAUUUUACGUGCUUCAGGGAGCCCACACAUCCUUGGUCUUACCUCUUCUCGACCCUUUCUUACGUGACCCAGACAAACAUCGUCUCAGGGCCGGUUUAGAAUUCCUUGGAGGGCUUGUUCGUGGUUCUAAACACUUCCCUGGGCAGCUGAUAUCACAAAUGUCGAAUUGGGUCACGGCUCGUCUCCCAGCGAUACUAGCAUUGAUCACCCCUGACACCGUCACACUUUGGGACUCUUUCUUAGGCCUCCUGUUCCAGAACCGCGAUCCUCGCCGUACAAGAUCAUUUGUCGACUUCGUUCUUGACCAGCCAGUAGAUUUUAAUGGCGCAUCUGUUUUUUCUUUAACGAAAACACUGUCGUCAGUUGCCAGUCUCGCGGAUGGGCUCAGUGUCCGUUUCCUCCCUUAUUCACAUAAGUAUCUCGAUGCCUUUUUCGAGAAUUUGGGGACACCCUAUGCAGAAGUCAGGACACAGAUUGUUGCCACUAUUCUGAUCAUUGGCAACCUCACAUGGUGCCCAUCGCAUCCUUCGGCUACUGUCUUGGCUAGGCGCUGCGCAUCUGAUGAAGAUCCGCUACUUGUUAGGGAAACAAGAUAUAUGUCAAGACUAUUGAAGCUCUCUGACCAAUUUGAGAAGUGGAGAAACGAGAGACUUCCAGGAGCUUGGGUUUCCCAAUCAAUGUAUGACAAAGUCGGGCUCACUCUGUUGACUUGGAUUUGGAGCACAGCGUAUAGCAUUGGAGCACCAUCUAUCUUCGCCUACACACAUCCGUUCCUUCCGGAGAUUUUCCGGAUGAGUGAACUACAGGACUCGUCGGAGCUACAGUCAUACAGCUCGGGGGUGCUCUAUGUCUUGUCUGCCGUUGCGCCUCCAACUGAAUAUGUGGGUUCUCUUACAGAGAGCUUCAUUAGCGCUAUUCGCAUGUCGCCUUCCUGGCGUGUUCGGCAUAAAGCCAUCCCCGUACUGUCCGUUUGGUACUUCCGUAACCUGCCCAAUCUAUCCCAGGACAUGAUAAACCGAGUGAUGGAGGUUUUGGUUGAAUGCCUUCGAGAUGAGAAUGUUGAGGUUAGGGAGACGUCAGCGACGACGUUGUCUGGUGUUUUGCGCUGUUCGCAGAAAAGCAAUGUUAUUGCAUUAAAGGAUCGCUUUGUCCGUAAUGCCCUGCGUGCCAAACUCCCUAAACGCAGCGACCCAGAGUACUCUGAUGCAUUGCGCAGGCUUCAUUCGGCAAUCCUAGGCAUGAUUGCCACGCUGCAAGCAUAUCCCUACGUUGUUGAAUCAUGGAUGCCCAGCCUAAUUGAGACAUUGUCGAGGUUUUCCAGUGAGCCUCAGCCAAUCUCGAGCGCAAUCCGUAAAUUUGCGGCCACAUUCAAGAGGACGCAUCAGGACACCUGGCACUUGGACCAACAUCUGUUUGAUGAAGACCAAGCCCAGGCAUUGGCAACAAUGUUGACAGGAACAAGCUAUUACGCAUGAUUUGAGACGCUACACAUACAUUAGCCUCUGUAUGAUGUAAACUACACCCUCGCUUGAGUAAUUUAGAAAUUAUGUUUCCUUUGAACUACUCUCGUUCAAUCGGCCAACCAGAUUGCUGACUGGUCCAGACAAACCAUCCUGCGCUGCAUAACUUUUCAAAAAGUUUUUGAUAAGAUCAUAUUCCUUGUUUGGCUCCAUGUUUUCAUCCUCGGAA